AUGGGUCUCACGUUCUCGAAGCUGUUCGACCGCCUCUGGGGCAAGAAGGAAAUGCGCAUUUUGAUGGUUGGUCUUGACGCUGCCGGAAAGACUACCAUCCUCUACAAGCUCAAGCUAGGUGAAAUCGUCACAACCAUCCCUACAAUUGGGUUCAACGUCGAGACUGUGGAGUACAAGAACAUCCAAUUUACCGUAUGGGACGUAGGAGGGCAGGACAAGAUCCGCCCGCUUUGGCGGCACUAUUUCCAGAAUACCCAGGGUAUCAUCUUCGUUGUCGACAGCAAUGAUCGCGACCGUAUUGUCGAAGCGCGUGAGGAGCUGCAGCGCAUGCUCAACGAGGACGAAUUAAGGGAUGCCUUGUUGCUCGUGUUCGCGAACAAGCAGGAUCUGCCGAAUGCCAUGAACGCGGCGGAGAUCACGGAUAAGUUGGGCCUGCACAGCUUGAGGCAGAGGGCUUGGUACAUCCAAUCAACCUGCGCUACCUCCGGUGACGGUCUUUACGAGGGUCUGGAGUGGCUCAGCAACUCGCUGCGCAAGGCUGGCCACAACUAA